AUGAAGUUUGCUUACUUCCUUUCCACUUUGCCCGCUUUGGCCUUGGCCGAAAAGACUUUCGGUGCUUUGACUGUUCGUUCUGGUUCUCAGUUCCAAUAUGGUGCCCUUUCGGUGAAGGAUGGUCUCGUGCACAUCAACGAUGGUCAAUCAAACAUUGAAUGGGUGCUCAAGGAUGACGGCUCGUUGUGGGACGCUAACUCGAAGAAGUACCUUGUGGUGAAUGAAAAGGGUGAAUUGUCUACCUCGGAUGAACCUGAAAAGAUGUUUGCUGUCAGCGAAAACCACCUCUGGUACGAUGCUGAGUCUGGGUUCUACGCUUGUCCUUCCGAUGAUGGCAACAAGUACAUUCUUGCCAAGAAGGAGUGUCAGGACGGUACCCCGCUUGUGGUGUACGUUACUGGUAUUAAGAACGUCAACGAACCCACGCCUGAGCCUACUGUCACCAAGACUUUGGUUCCUACACCCAUUGAGCUCACCACUACAUUGACACCUAUUAGCAUCAUCAAGGGUAACAAAAAGACGAUAACUCUCACCACCACCAAGAAGAUUGAGCCCACCGCCGUGGCAGCAUCCAAGGAUAAUUUCGGACUUGUCGCUAUUCGGUCGGGGUCUCAAUUCCAAAACCUGGCUAUUAAGAAGACCUCCCCUGUAUUCCAAGUGGGUGGGUCUGAAGGUGAUGACUUGACGUUAACUCUCUCUACUGAUGGAGCAUUGUAUGACCAAGAUGGUCGGGGUGUAUUUGUCAACGAAAACGGUGAUCUUGGCAACGUUGACCCUUGGGGCCAACAACUGGCCACUCAAGGGUUCCUGAUUAAAGAUGGCAACUUGUACUAUCAAGAUGAGCAAUCAUUUUACGCUUGCCCCGGUGGCGAAAACAAGUUUUCGCUUACUGUGAAGGGUUGGGACGGAUGCACUGGUAUUCAAUUGAAGGUUUUCGAAUAA